AUCAGAAACUCCAACCGAGAGACAAAUAAAUCCAACACUCACAAACGGCGCAAAUAUUAAUGAGGAACAUCUUAUAACUUUCACGGAGGCAGAAUUUCCUCAAUUUUUACGAAGUCAGUUUGAAUGCUUUUACGAUGAUAUAAUUGUCGAUAACGAACGUAUCGAAAUUUCAUGUCAAAUAAAGCUCGAAAUUGACGAAUUCUUAAAUCCAAAAGAUGUCGCUACAAAAUUUCGAAUUGAUGUUGAAAGAGAAGAUGGUUAUAAAUGGAAAAGAGGCAGGGAACGUCCAUUUAUUAGUUUCGUAAAAGACAAUCAUAGAGAAUCAGAACAAGAGACUAAUGAAAAUAGUAUGGAUAUGUUUCACUUAGAGCAAGUAACCAAUGAAAAUGAUAUAGAUUCGGUUCACUUGCAAGAACCCAUUGACAAUGCCACAGUUUCCAAAUCUCCUGAGAUUGAUGUUGAGCAGCUACAGCACGAGAUCCAAAUGCGAAAAGAAUUUUUAGAUCAUUUAAUGGCAGAAUUUGAGCAGAAAAAUUAUCAGCAUGUCCAAGCACUACUAAAUAAUACAAAACGAAUUAAUAAUAUUAUGGGUGACAUCCAGGAAGCAAGAGAAAAACGUAAGCGAGCUAGAACAUGGAAAGACUCUAAACCAUGGACAAUGUUUUUACAAUAA